AUGGCACACCUAUUUCAACAGGCCAAAUCGGCCACUGCCAAUGUUAGAAUGGCCCAUACCAAUCCUUCUGCGUCGCCGGCCUCCUCGCUGCAAGAGCGCGCGCGCGUCGAGCGCAGUUUUAUCAACACCGAGUCCACUCUACCAGACCUCAAAAAAGAUCCUAGAACCGACGAGAACCAUUCGUUCUCAAACGACCUCCUCUCAUACCUCGGGCCCUGGAAUCCGUUUCCUAAACCAGUCACCGCCACCGAUACAGUCUGGCUCCUCGACAACACCGCCUAUCGCUUAGUCAAUAAGAACGGGCAGGUCGGGGCAUGGCAAGCGGAAUUCAUAGCGGCGGUCUUCGACCAGAAUUCUGGCGGCCAUUUAAGCGUCGUCGUAGCAGAUAUUGCGGAGAAGCUGCGCAUUGGGAAGGGUGAUAAGGCUGAAGCCACGAUUGCGAAAAGGCUGAUGCCUUUUGUACAAGAUAUUCUGCCGUCGAAGGUUAUAGAUACAGAGUUUGGGGGAAAGGAUGUGUUGAGAUUAGGUCCGGGUGGGAGAAGUGGGAUCAGUAGCGAUCUCAAAACCCUACCGCCGCAUAAUGGUGGGGAGGUUAUUGAUAGUGUUGCAAAAGUUCCCAAGGGGGUGAACGGGAUCUUGGAGAUGAAGACGUUUUAUGCUGAACCGGAAGGAUGGGCUGUUAUAUCUGAUAUUGACGAUACCAUCAAAAUCACCCAAACCAGCGAUCCAAUAGGCAUCCUGCGCUCCACCUUCGUCUCGGAAGCUGAGCCCGUCCCAGGAAUGCCCGAGCUGUACUCCUACAUCCAAUCCCUUAUCACGCCGUCUUCGCCAUUCUUUUACCUUUCCGCAUCUCCUUACAACCUAUAUUUCUUCCUGCACGAGUUCCGGCAAAAGUUCUACCCCCAGGGAACCAUGAUCCUUCGAGAAGCAAGCUGGAGAAACCUCUCCGGUCUACUCUCGAAUCUUACUGUUGGAACUGAAGAAUUCAGAAAGUUCCCAGGCUGGGUCCGUCUAAUCCUCAUCCGCAAAGUCACUGAUAUCGCAGCUAUCGGCAUCGAAGAUAAGAACGAGCCGAAGCGGUUCGAGAAAGCAUUUAAGGGGGUGCCGAGCGAGGCGUGGCAGCUGUUUGAGACUCCUGAUGAGUGCCAGGCGAUUAUUGAGCGCGUGGUGGGAGGCAAGUAA